AUAUUUCUAAAAAAGCUAAAAAAAAACAUAAUAAUCGAUACUGCAAAAUUUACUUUUGAAAAUGGAGAUAAAUAUGAGGGAACGUAUCAAAUAGAUUUGAACAAAUACAGUAUAGUUAAACAAGAUCAAGGAACAUACAUAACUGAUAACUUUGAAGUAUAUAACGGUACAUGGAACGAUGACAAGUUCGGCGGUAAUUUUCACAUUCGGUACAACAAUAAUGCGCAAUAUAAGGGUAAUAUUGAUAAAAACAGUUGGAUGAGUGGUCUAGGAACAUAUAUAUUUCCCGAUGAAUCCUCGUUGACGGCUUUUUGGUCGCAAAAUAAAUGUAUUUCAGAUGUCAUUUAUCAAGAAGCACUUGGAUAUAAAUGGACAACUGAAUCAGUUUUAGACAAUCAAAUUUUAUUCACAACUGGAAAUCAUUUUUGGGAUAAAAUAUGUGAAAGAUCUUUGGAAGAAAAAUGUUCACCCUGUGUCCAAUAAAUUAAGCUAUAAAUGUAAAACAUAAUUAUAUGUAAUAUAUGUAUAAUUGA